AUGAACUGUGAAAUAACCGCGCAGACUUGUCAACCCCCCUUUCAGACGAUAACAGUAACGCCGAAAGACUCUAAAGUGACUCUAAAAUGCUCGAUUAAGACUGGUGGAAAUGUGCAAGAUUUGACCUGCCAGGGCGUUGAAGAAACCUCCGGGCCAGUAAAGGUGUACACUUACUACAAAAUUAUUCGACGGAUGUAAAUAAGUCACGUGGAUGUUUUUCUUAUAAAAUACGCUAGUGAGCAUUUUCUCCUUUUUCCUCUUUUGUAAUUCAUGGUUUACAUAAAAACAUCAUGAUGGAUAAUUUUGUUGUCUUCUUUUUACAUAUUGCAUUAUUAAUUAUCCCUGAAGACCUUGUAGGUGGCUUGCGGAGAUUUAAUUGCAUGGCGGUCAGUGUAAAACGCAGACUGCGGACUGCAGACUGCAGACUGCGGACCAGGGGUAAAAUGCAGACUGAGUGUAAAAUGCAGACUGCAGACUAAGAGUAAAAUGCAGGCUAGGGUAAAAUGCAGAAUUAAGAUCGACUGCAGACUUUUUAAAUACUUGUGCUCCUUCUUCUCCAAAUAGGUGAACUAUAGCCUCAGAGCAGGCGUUUUAUUGUAUUGAAUCAUUUUUUGACUCGCCCCAACGCUCGGUCAGUCAAAAGUCCAAAUCAAUCGCACAGCAAAAUACGCCUGCUUUGCAGGCUAGGUGAAUUAGCUAGCUGGUAUCAGUUACACACCUCGCUUCCUUGUCGAAGUACAUUGCACAUUCGCUACAUUCGCCAGAAGUUUCAAUGAACGUCCGAACAGCUUACAUCCGCCUACUUUGAUUUGCAAUACUUUCAUAGAGGGUCAUCCAAAUUUCCUGCAGAGCAUCUUUGUUUGUCGUUGGAAUGAUUUACUCCCAUUUUUAUCGCCAUAAUUCUUUCUGUACAGUAUUUUGGGUCAGCGUAAACAUCGUGUUGUACCAAUUCACAGUCAUGUGUAUCGAAAACUGGAGCGUGAGGUCUCUCGGACAAUGGAUAAUGGAAAGUAAAGUCUAUCUAUUAAUUAUCCAUGCUCGGACGAAAAAAAAAGGUUCAAGACUGCGAUUAUGUUUUUGGGUCGUCGACGAAGUUCCAGAGAAGAAUGAAUGGAUUUUUGAAAGCAGAUAUAUGUCGUCAAGGAAGUGUUUGUUUACAUGUAUUUUGCGGAAUUUUAUUUGCCCUUAAACCCUUCUGCGGCUACAGUUUAUGCUCGGUCUGCAUUUUACCCCAGCCUGCGUUUUACUCUCAGUCUGUAGUCUGCAUUUUACACUCAGUCUGCAUUUUACCCCUGGUCCGCAGUCUGCAGUCCGCAGUCCGCGUUUUACACUGACCUAUUGCAUGGUAACGGCAGCCCUUACGGUUAGAGUGAUAUCAUAAAGCGGUUGAAGUUUCGUCCGGCUGAAUCACCUUCAACGUUAAAGAACGCACUUCACUGAGUCCCUAAUUUAAAAUCAACAUAUGAACUGCAGUAAAGCAUUAGUGAGUUUGUUUUAGGAAAGUGUCACUUAAAAAAGAGAGAUCAGUGUAUCUUAAAACUAACUGAGUGGAUGACUCAUCAGCUUGGAAAGUAAGACGGAAAAUUGCUUUUCAGUUCCAGUUCAGAGAGUAUUUAAGACAAGCUCUCCAGUGGAUUACUAUCCUGAUACGCUAAUGGAACUUCAGUGUGUCUUUAAGGGACGGCCUCGUCCUCGUAUUGCUUGGUACAAUCUAGAUAGUAAACUAAUCAUCAACGGAACUGAAAGCUUUUAUCUCUACGAGCAGCUGUUUGGAGAGGACACCUUAUCUUCUGUUCUUCGAAAUCCUAAUAUCCAAGAAAAACACGCAGGGGCUUAUAAAUGCACAGGAAUGAACAACAUUACUGGAUGGUCGAGUGAAAACACUGGGAUAAUUGAAAUACGUUAUCGUUGUAAGUGA